UCAAGUGAGUAAUAGGAAAAACAGUUUUUUUUUAUGCUUAUGAAAUAUAACAAUAAUCUUUAAUAUUAUUUUCUUCAACAAUACACAGUCAUAUCAAUGAAAAAUUUGACAAAAUAUUUUAUAAAUAUAUGAUAAGGUAUGCAUAUAAAGUUUCGCGUGCAAUUAACAAUGUUUCAGUUUAAUUCAAUAUUCGAAACCUUUUUUUUUACUUUUUAAUGAAGAAUAAAAUGUUUGUAAAAGUUGCAAUUUUAUUAACAGUUUUAAUAAUUGUUCAAUCUGUGCCAUUAAAAGAUGGAAAAAAUAGCGAAAAGGGAAAUUCCCAUCAAACAUUGCUUAAAAACUCCAAAACAACAAAUGAAGAAAAUUGUCAGAAUAGUCUAUUGACAAAAGUGAAAGAUUUCUUUAACUGUAUAGGUAAUUCAAUAAAGAAUGGAUUACAAAAAGUAUGCCAAUGGAUAAAAGAAAAAUGCUCCAAUUCAACAAGGACAAAAAAUAAUCAAUCAAACAAAAGUAAUGACAAAAAGAAUAUACAGCAUAAAGAAAAAGAAACUAAAUCUGAAAAGAAUCAAAAAGGAACAGCAAAUAAAAUACAUCCUUCCAAAUCUGAGAAAAAUGAAUCAUCUCCGACAUCUACAACUAUCGAACCUUCUUCAGUUGUUACUGAUGCAGCUGCAGGAGACUCUACAACAAUCUCUUCUGAUGAAAGUGGUACAACAGAAGAAAGUAGUAGUCCACCUUCAGAUAAGACCGAAGAUUUGGCUUCAACAACUAUCGAACCUUCUGCAGUUAGUACUGAUACACCUGCUGAAAAGACUACGACAAACGCUUCUGAUAAAAGUGAGACAACAGUAGAAAGUAGUAGUCCAGCUUCAGAUAAGACUCAAGAUUUGGCUUCAACAACUAUCGAACCUUCUGCAGUUAGUACUGAUACACCUGCUCAACAGACUACAACAAACGCUUCUGAUAUAAGUGAUACAACAGUAGAGACUAGUAGUCCAGAUUCAGAUAAGACCCAAGCUACAGCAUCUCCGGCUUCAACAACUAUCGAACCUUCUUCAGUUGUUACUGAUAGACCUGCACAAAACUCUACAUCAACUUCUUCUGAUAAAAGUGGUGCAACAGUAGAUAGUAGUAGUCCAGUUUCAGAACAGCCCAAAGAUUCGGCUUCAACAACUAUAGAACCUUCUGCAGUUAUUACUGACACACCUGCUCAACAGACUACAACAAACGCUUCUGAUAAAAGUGAGACAUCAGUAGAAAGUAGUACUCCAGCUUUAGAUAAGACGCAAGAUGCGGCUUCAACAACUAUAGAACCUUCUGCAGUUAUUACUGAUACACCUGCUAAACUGACUACAACAAACGAUUCUAAUAAAAAUGAUACAACAGUAGAGACUAGUACUCCAGAUUCAGAAGAGACCCAAGAUGCGGCUUCAACAACUAUAGAACCUUCUGCAGUUAUGACUGAUACACCUGCUCAACUGACUACAACAAACGAUUCUAAUAAAAAUGAUACAACAGUAGAGACUAGUACUCCAGAUUCAGAAGAGACCCAAGAUGCGGCUUCAACAACUAUAGAACCUUCUGCAGUUAUUACUGAUACACCUGCUAAACUGACUACAACAAACGAUUCUAAUAAAAAUGAUACAACAGUAGAGACUAGUACUCCAGAUUCAGAAGAGACCCAAGAUGCGGCUUCAACAACUAUAGAACCUUCUGCAGUUAUUACUGAUACACCUGCUAAACUGACUACAACAAACGAUUCUAAUAAAAAUGAUACAACAGUAGAGACUAGUACUCCAGAUUCAGAAGAGACCCAAGAUGCGGAUUCAACAACUAUAGAACCUUCUGCACUUAUAACUGAUGCACCUGCUCAACAGACUACAACAAACGCUUCUGAUGAAAGUGAGACAACAGUAGAGACUAGUAGUCCAGAUGCAGAAAAGACCCAAGAUGCAUCAUCUCCGGCUUUGACAAAUAUCGAUCCUUCUGCAGUUGUUAAAGAUGCAAUUGCAUUAGUCUCUACAACAAACGAUUCUAAUAAAAAUGAUACAACAGUAGAUAGUAGUAGUCCAAAUUCAGAAGAUACCCAAGAUGCGGCUUCAACAACUAUAGAACCUUCUGCACUUAUAACUGAUACACAUGCUCAACAGACUACAACAAACGCUUCUGAUGAAAGUUUGACAACAGUAGAAAGUAGUAGUCCAUAUUCAGAAAUGCCCACAGAUGUACCUUCUGUGGCAGCUGAAGGUGACGCUUAAUAGAAUACAACAAACGUUUGUACUGCAAUAUAUGUGUUAGUAUGAAUUAGUAAUUCUUUUCUAUAAAAGCUGACGAUAUUGCUUAUGAUUAUCAGUUUUAUAUUUAUUCGCUGAUUACUAUAAAUGCUAUAAUUUAGAACUAUUAGAAAUAUUGUAGUCUGUAUGAAUAACUGUAGUCUUUUUUUACUUUUUAAUAAAUAAUUUAUUAUAUUGA